AUGAGGUCGCACAAUAGUGCGUCUGCUAUCGUUGCAAAGGCCGUGCCGGCGUCCCACGAUGUGGCGAUAAGCGGGUACUCGGCCAGCAAAAUCUAUUAUACCCACGGCACGUACAUCAAAUCAGCAAAUUUCGUUGCCGGAGGCCGUCGCUGGUACCUGCGGUACUACCCUAACGGCUGCUGCUCAAUCGACAGGGGACGUGUAACAUUCUUGCUAAGCCAUGAUGACGGCGACAACGGCCAAUACAAAGUGCCAGUGGGCUAUAAUAUUUCCUUGCUCGGCCCGGACGGCAAUCCAGUACAAGGCUACAUAACCUUCCACAAGACGACCGUCGGCGAACCAGCAGACUACGAAACGGCCGGACUCAUCGGCGCAACGGACCUGGAGCAAUCGGCUUACCUCAAGGACGAUGCCUUCACCGUCCGGUGCAAAUUCACCGUGCCAAUGAUCGUUACGGAGACCGUCGUCCAGCUGCCGCGAAACGAGCCAAGCAGUCCGACUCCGACUCAUGUACCCGCCGACGUGCACGAGACUCUAGUCCGCGUCUUCUCGGACGAGGUGCCCACUGACGUGGCCCUCGAGGUCGGCGAUGAAACCUUCCGGGCACACAGGUGUUUCCUCGCGGCUCAGUCACCGGUGUUCGCUGCCUUGUUCACGGGGUAG